AUGGAAGAGAAAAUGAAGCAGGCUCUGGCAAAAAAGGACCUCGAUCUUGCUGCUGCACAAAAGGAGGCUCAGGAGAAGAUUGUACUUGCUGACAAGAAACUGGCCUCAGUGGGUGCGCCGGAGGAAGAAAACACCAAGUUGAAGACAUCCCUUAACGAGUCCAACCGAGAAGUGACUCUUCUGAAGAAAGACAAAGUGGCUUUGAACGAGAAGAUUGAAGGCAUUUCUCGUACGAGAAAUGAUCUCGAAGCUUAUCUGGGGGCACUCGCCAAGAAGCUAUUCCUUGUGCUCGAAGAAUUCUGCCAAAACUUUGAAGAAGAAACCGGACGAAUCGAUACAGGCCUGGACCCCGUCCUUUCCCCUGUUGGUGAUGAAGCUACCAUGAACGUGCUCCGACUGGAAUCCCGUGUUUCCAGUGUUACGGCUUACCUUGCUCACCUGAAGGUUGCGGUGUCGCAGAUUGACUCAACGCUUUGGCCACGGGAGACGCCCCAGAAUGACCUCGAGUCUUUGAUGACUCGACUCAACGAGAUCCCUGGCUGAGUGCAGGAGUGGAAGAAGUCGUCUGCUCGCUACAGUGCUGACAUAGUCUGUCGCUAGUUCGAGUCCACUUCAAGGAAGCCAAGGAGGAGAAGCUAGCAGCGAUCAAGGUUGCCACUACCAGAAAACAUGACUUCUAGUCCUUCAUGGAGACCUUUAUUGCC